UAUAUACUCCUUUUUCACUCUUUUAGCCAUCAUAACCAAAAGGUGAAAUUGAUACUACUAUUUGAAGUAGUGGAAUAAGCAACUCAUUUAUUAAAUCCAACUCGGAUUACAUUACAUUAUGUAAAUCACUUCGAAAUUGCAGACAGAGUUACCUAGAAAAACCCUUUCAUUUUCCCUUUUCCUCCUGCGCAGUUCUUCUUGAUUUCAUCAUUCAGAGAGACAGAGAGAGGAAAAAGGGAGGCAAACAAACAUGUCAGGCGGAAUCGCGCGUGGUCGACUUGCUGAGGAACGCAAGGCAUGGCGUAAGAAUCACCCACAUGGUUUUGUGGCUAAGCCGGAAACAGGUCCAGAUGGGUCUGUCAAUUUGAUGGUGUGGCAUUGUUCUAUCCCUGGCAAAACCGGGACUGACUGGGAGGGCGGCUUCUAUCCAAUAACAAUGCACUUCAGUGAAGACUACCCUAGCAAACCACCCAAGUGCAAGUUCCCUCAAGGUUUCUUUCAUCCUAAUAUCUAUCCAUCAGGAACAGUAUGCCUGUCUAUCCUCAAUGAGGACAGUGGGUGGAGGCCUGCCAUUACAGUUAAACAAAUUUUGGUGGGUAUCCAAGAUUUGCUUGACCAGCCAAAUCCUAAUGAUCCAGCACAAACUGAUGGUUAUCAGCUAUACAUGCAGGAUACUGCUGAGUACAAGAGACGAGUGAGGCAUCAAGCCAAGCAGUAUCCAGCUCUUAUCUGACAUUAGUUGUAUUGAACUAUAUAAUUAUGUGAUGUAGUCCUUAUGGACAUAGUGGUUAUGUGGCUAAAAUGGUGCUUUUCUUCUUUAUGAUUCAACAAUGAAUAUAGACAGUAUGCAACAUGCAUGCUAUCUGUUAUUUUGACUGCAUGGUUGGUGUAUUAUUUCUGGUUUUACUUGCAAUUCCU